AUGACCCCCCAAACCAACAAACAAUGGAUCAUCCGCCGCUGCGGCAACACCUUCGACAGCCUGGAGCGGACCACCUCCCCGAUGCCGGACGUCGGCGAGUACGACGUCCUGGUCAAGAUCGAGGCGGUCUCGCUAAACUACCGGGACGCCAGUAUUCCCAUGAAUAUGUACCCCUUCCCCAGCAAAAACGACCUAAUCCCCUGCUCCGACGGCGCCGGAACCGUCCUCCAGAUCGGCCGCAAAGUCACCGCCUUCCAGCCAGGCGACCGCAUCACCUCGCUCUUCUUCGCCGCCCACCUCUUCGGCGACCUCACCGCGGCCGCGCAGCAGACCGGACUGGGCGGCUUCGUGGAUGGGUGUCUGCAGCAGUACCGCGUCUUCCACGAGACGAGUCUCGUGCAUGCGCCCAGGAAUCUGAGCGCGGUCGAGAGCGCGACCCUCCCUUGUGCGGCGUUGACGGCGUGGAAUGCCCUGUACGGGGUUAAGCCGGUCCGGCCGGGGCAGACGGUGCUCGUGCAGGGCACCGGUGGGGUUUCAGUGUUUGCGCUGCAGUUUGCUAAAGCCGCUGGUGCGCGGGUCAUCGCCACCACCUCUUCGAGCGCGAAGGCGCAGCGGCUCAAGGAGUUGGGCGCGGACCAUGUGAUCAACUACCGCGAGGAUGCGGAUUGGGGCGAGACGGCGCGGAAGCUGACGCGCCACGGCGUCGAUCAUGUGGUUGAGGUCGGGGGCCCGAAUACCAUGCGCCAGAGUUUGAAGUGUGUCAAGCUGGAGGGUGUGAUCAGUGUGAUCGGGUAUGUGGGCGGGACGAGCGGUGGCAAGGAUCAGGAGCAGCCCCCGCAGAUCUUGGAUACGUUGAUGGGAGCGGCGAUUGUCAGGGGUAUCCAGAUCGGGAGCAAGGAACAGAUGCUGGAUAUGAUUCAGGCGAUUGAGGCGAACGAUAUCACGCCCGUGGUUGAUGAGCGAGUGUUCGAGUUCGAUGAGGCGCGCGAGGCGUAUCAGUAUCUGUGGGAUCAGAGGCACUUUGGCAAAGUGGUCAUCAAGGUUGAUUAA